AUGGCCGAGGACAAGAAGAGGGACUUUGCCAUUGAGCUGGGAGACAGAGAACCGAACGGCGCAUUCGAAGCGCGCCAGACCCGAUCGCCUGCGCCGCCAGCAGUCAUGGCGCCCGCGCUCAGCGUCGCGAACAACCCGGUGUUCAGUAUCUUCGCCUACUGUGGGAGUAGCAUUCUCAUGACAGUGAGCAAUAAGUAUUGUGUGAAUGGUACGGGGUGGAAUUUGAGCUUCUUCCUUCUGGCAGUGCAGGCAAUUGUCUGCAUCGUUGCCAUUUCCACCGGCAAGGCGAUGGGAGUCAUCACAUAUCGCGACUUCAACACCGACGAAGCACGGAAAUGGUUCCCAGUCUCGCUACUCCUCAUCGGCAUGAUCUACACCUCGAUCAAGGCACUCCAAUUCCUCAGCAUCCCAGUCUACACCAUCUUCAAGAACUUGACAAUCAUCCUGAUCGCAUACGGAGAGGUGCUAUGGUUCGGUGGACAUGUCGGAGGAAUGGCGCUUCUCAGCUUCGGUCUGAUGGUUCUGAGCAGUGUCAUUGCUGCAUGGGCGGAUGUCACACAUGCUCUGUCGAGCCACGGCGGCGAUGCUCUGGACCCAGCGGCUGCUGAGAAGAUCGCGACUCUGAACUCUGGCUACAUUUGGAUGGCAUUGAACUGCUUCUGCUCUGCCGGCUAUGUGCUUGGAAUGAGGAAGAGGAUCAAGCUGACAAACUUCAAGGACUUCGACACCAUGUUCUACAACAACUUGCUCUCCAUCCCGAUCCUCCUCGUCUCUUCGCUUCUCCUCGAAGACUGGUCAUCUGCCAACCUCGCAGUCAACUUCCCACCCGGCCGCCAGACCACUAUGCUCGCAGCCAUGAUCUUCACCGGUCUCUCCUCCAUCUUCAUCUCCUACACCAGCGCCUGGUGCGUCCGUGUCACCUCCUCGACUACCUACUCCAUGGUCGGCGCACUCAACAAGCUCCCGAUCGCAAUCUCCGGGCUCGUCUUCUUCGAUGCGCCAGUGACCUUCCCAUCCGUCUCCGCCAUCUUCCUCGGCUUCGUUUCAGGAUUAGUAUACGCAGUCGCAAAAAUCUGGCAAAAAGAGGCAGACAAGAAGGGUGGAAGUGUGCUUCCGGUUUCGAGCGCAAGCAGUCAGAGCAUGAAGGACUCGCUCAAGUCAUGA